AUGCCUGUUGAGGUUGAUCCAGUGAACCCCGGCCCGCCCAGGGGGAACAAGGGCAAAGGAAAUGCAACACACACCCGCCAUGCCAGCAUCGAUGAGAACAUGCUCGCGGGGGAACACCCGAGGUCUUCCAGCUCAUCGUUUCCUUCAUCGUCAACGCAGCAGCGACGGCCUCCAGCGAAUAGCUCAGGGAGACUUAGUUUCCAUGGGGAAAGAAGAAUGUCGGAAACAGUCUUCUCGCAGCACUCUACCCAAUCCGCCUCUGCUGGGCCCAGCCAUCCGCCCAUCGCUGCGGUGGCGGAAGCAGCAUCUCCAGCAACGGUGGAUAGAGAGGAUGAGGCUCCUUUCGAUGAAGAAACUGCAAAUCCCCGUGCCAAGGACAGAGCGCGGAAGCACUACAGGCGCCCGAGCACUAAAAGACAUGACAGCCCUUCUCGACUGUCCAACCCCAUGGACUAUGGAGUGCAGAAUCCUCAAGAUCCAACAAGAGGGCCAGCUUAUCAUCAUCCAUUCAACGGAAGGCCUCCUAUGCCCAAUGAACCACCCAUGAACGAUGGCGGUCACCCUCGCUUCCCGCCUCUUCAAACCGUUCCAGGAAACUUUCCCAGCGGAUACGGCUCACCAGAAAGACCAUUUGCUGCCCCUGACCCGCCGCCUGUGUUUGUUCCAUCGCCCAUGCAAGCCUCAUUUCCCCCAAUGAGGCCACCACCACCUCAUCCGCCACCGCCCCCUCCGCCGAACCAUCAGCCCAACGGACCCCCUCUCAGUGGUUACGAACUCCUGGCAGCCAAGCUGUCGGGGAACUUGGCCGGGCCAAGACUAGCACCCAUCUACCGACGGUUCGAAUCUCUCCAUCACCGGCUACUAUUGCACAUGCAGGACGAACUCAUUGAGUUGGAAGAGCAGCUACAUAGCCUCGAUGCCGUGGACACGGAGAACAGAAAGUUUCCAGGGGGCAUAUAUCCCGCAUCACGGCGGCGAGAAAACAUGAGCCCGACCGACGCGACCUGGAAGAAGAAGGAAAUCAUGACGCACCUUGCUCAUAAGCUGUAUCAAUACAGUUUGUACCCUAUUUCCGCCUCCCCAGGCGCAACCCAUGUCAUGGCCGAGCCGAGUAUCAAAGAUGUCUUCGAUUACAAGGCCUAUCUCCAAGACAUCAACCCUCUCGUGGACGUCGAAUGCCAGUUUCUGGACGCCACAGACGACCUCGUCAACUUAGUGCGGCGCAGACGACGCUCCAAUGGCAACCCGCAGGAUGAUCCUCUCAGCCCCAUGCCCAGGUCAUCCAGCGUAGUCGGGUUUCCGCCACCGCCGAGCAGCCAAAUCUCCAAUGCCGGCAGCUCGCUCUACCCGGGCCAAAGCGCCGCGCCUCCUUCGGUCAAGGGCCUCGCGCUGGCCAUGGCAAUGAUCGUGCUCGCGCCCAUUGUCUGCUUCUCCGUGAUCCCGGGAUUCGUCGGCCGUAUGACGGUCGUCCUUCUGGUGGGUCUCGGGGGAGCUGCUGCGUUGCUCCAGUCCGGGCUGUUUGCCCUCGUGGCGGAGGAACGAAGCACGCUGGACUGGGUUCUCUGCGCGGGGGUUUAUGGAGGAGUCAUGGCUGUGAUUGCGGGCAUUAUCUAG